GAAUUCUUUAAAUCUUAUCUUCAAAAAGUUGAAAUUGUUUAUAAGAAUCAUUUUUGUCACUGAGAACAUAAUCAGUUGUACUUGUGCCUUGGAGCUGUGCUUAACAUAUUUUUUACUGAAAAUAUUUAAUCAGAAUGGAAGAAUAUUUAAAGACAACGUUUGAUCCAGAAACAAAAAUAUGGAGUGGAAUUAAUAUAAGUCCAAAAUUUGGUCCUGAUUGUUCAGUUGGAAAAGUUGUUCUCGAUGUAUUACUAAAAGAACCAGACCAUAUAUGUCAGAUUUGUUAUCAUAAUGGAAAAGAAUACACGAAUCGGGAAAUAGUCAAUUUGUCUGUAUGCAUCGCUUUACAAUUCAAACAGUUAGGUUUAGAACAAGAGGAUAUAAUUGGUCUAGUUGCUUCCAACAGUGAUUAUGUGGUACCAAUAUUUAUUGGUGCAAUGUUGUGUGGAUUAAUAGUUAGUACAUUGGACCCAAGUUUUGAUAAAGAUGGUAUUAAACAUAUUUAUGGCAUAACAAAACCUAAGCUAAUGUUCUGUGAUGGCGGAAUUUAUGAAACAGUCAAAGAAGCUAUUCAAGAAAUUAAUCUCGAGUCCGACAUUUAUACCGUCAAAGACCAUAUUGUUGGUGUACCAAAUGUAACGAAUUUUUUUCAAGAAAUUAAUGAUGCAGUCUCAUUUGAACCUGUCACACUUAGAAAUGGUGGUUAUCAGACUGCUGUAAUUUUAUGUUCUUCAGGUACAACUGGUCUUCCGAAAGGAGUAUGUGUAUCACAUAUAAAUAUUUUCAAUAGCUGUGCUCUUAUACAACAACCUGGUGAUAAUAAAAUAUUUUGUUAUAGUACACUUUAUUGGUCUAGCGGGCUAUUGACAAUGACAAGCGCUUUAGUUGAAAACGUCACUCGUAUUAUUGUAGAUAAACCCUAUAAUGCAGAAGAUUUCUUUCAGAUUAUACAAAAAUAUAAAGUAAUAUCUAUUACUAGUCCUCCUUCACAAUUAGCCAUGUCAUUAUCAUCACCUAAAUUAAAGGAUUAUGAUUUGUCUAGUCUAAAGUCAUAUCUUUUACUUGGUAGUGCUGUUCCUGAUAGAUUAGUUAAGGACUUUAUGCCUUAUGUUCCCAAUGCAACAUUUUGGGUUGGCUAUGGUAUGACUGAAUAUGGAAGUGGGAUUGCAUUUGGUAUCGCUAAACCUAAUGGUUGUGUUGGUCAAUUAACACCUCGUACAAAAGUAAAAAUAAUCGAUGAUGAUGGUAAACAACUGGGACCAGUUGAAAUCGGUGAAAUAUGUAUUUGGUCACAAUUUUCAUGGAGUGGAUAUUUCAAUAAUAUGGAAGCCACUAACUCGAUGUGUAUAAACGGUUGGUUACAUAGUGGAGAUUUAGGUUACAUGGAUGAGAAUGGAUUUUUAUAUGUUGUUGAUCGUAAAAAAGAUAUCUUAAAAUAUAAUAAUUUUCACUUUUAUCCAACCGAAAUUGAGCAAAUAAUUAUGGAAAUACCUGAUGUUGUUGAAGUUUGUGUUUGUGGUGUACCAGAUAUAGUAUCUACUCAUUUACCUACUGCAGCUGUAGUUCGAAAACCUGGAAGUGAUCUAACGGAGACAGAAGUAUACGAUUAUGUUGCUGAGAAAAUGGCUCACUUUAAGCAUUUACGAGGUGGUGUUUACUUUAUGAAUAGUUUACCCAAAACAGCAUCUGGUAAAUAUUUACGAAGGGAUGUAUUAAAAAUAUGUGAAGAAUUGUAUAAGAGUAAACUAUGUACUUAA